AUGAGGAAGGCUUCUGCAGCGGCGCUAGUCGCUGCAUGCACUUCGGAUUGCAGCCUUGGCGAAAGUACGGGUUCCUACUCUAAAUCCUCUGCCACCGCUUUCAAUCUGCCGGAUACAUGUAGAAGGAUUGUCCGCAAAAGGUUAUCUGCAGGAACUGUGAUAAGCCGGGACCGCGCUGCCCGCCAAGCUGGCCAGAGCAAAAGAGAGCCGUCUGCUGAGUUUAUGAUUACGAAGACGACAGCAGAACUCAAGGGAUCUGACUGCACGGAAGAUUUAUUUUCGGAUGCCACUGCUGAGCUAGUAAGCCGAAUCAGAGGUCUUUUUAGGGAUGGCUCGGGUAGUUCGGGCAAGUCGCAGAGCGGACCUGCGGAUACCUGGCCUAAGGAGGAGGCUGGCUUCGAAACUACUCCUGAGGAACAGCAUGCUAUCCUGGAGACCAUCGCUGAAGCCCAACAUGUCAACCAGGCCGGUACCUCUGAUGGGGAUACUCAAUGGGGCACAUCUGAUAAAGAUACUCAAUGGGGUAGCUCGAAUCUCUCAUCUGAUGAUUGGUAA